AUGGAUCCGGGAAAGCAAUUUGGCAGCGCCCUGCCAUGGGCUGAGCCAGCUUGGUACUCCGGGCGUCCCUCACCAUAUUACAACCAAUCUCAUUUCAGACUGCGCGAUGCAGUGCGCAAAUGGACGGAGGAGAACGUCGUCGAUAAAACGGACGAAUGGCGAGAAGCCGGCAAGGUGCCGGAUGAAGUGUAUCUGAAGUGCGCACACGACGGACUCCUGCUCCCAAUUGCCUUUGGCAAGUCCAUACCGGAGGAAUUUGCACAUUACCCCAUCAUCGGUGGCAUCAAGGCCAGUGAGUGGAAUGGGUUCCACGACCUUGUGUUGUGGGAUGAGUUGUACCGUGGCGGGGCCAUUUCCAGUAUCUUCGUGGGGUUGACUGUGGGAGCACCACCUAUUAGGCAAUUCGCGUCGCCGUGGUUGCAGAAGAAGAUUUUGCCGGAGAUCCUGAGCGGGGAGAAGAGAAUCUGCCUUGCUGUUACGGAGCCGUCUUGCGGAUCCGAUGUUAGGAACUUGACCACGACGGCUGAGAAAUCUGCGUGCGGGAAGUAUUAUAUUACCGCCGUCCGAACUGGUGGCCCUGGUGCUGAGGGUAUCUCCUUCCUCCUGGUCCCUCGUACCGAAGGGAUGCGCACACGCAAAAUCGAAAUCGGCGCCGAGGGCCUGAGCGCCACAACAUAUGUUAUCUUCGAGGACGUCAAGGUGCCCGUCGAGUACCUCGUCGGCUCUGAGGGCCAAGGAUUCCGAUACGUCAUGAGCAACUUCAAUCAUGAGCGUCUGUGGAUCGCCUUCCAGACCCUUCGCAACGCCCGCACCUGUCUGCAAGAUGCAAUGGCGUGGGCUAUGAAGCGCGAGGCAUUUGGCAUGAAGCUGAUUGAACAGCCAGUCGUGAGGUAUAAAUUCGGCAUUAUGGCGAAAGAGGUUGAGGCGCUGCAGGCGUGGACGGAGCAGAUUGUCUACGAAUUGGACCAUUUGAGCUAUCAGGAUGGGAAUCGGCAGUUGGGUGGCGUUACGGCGCUUUUGAAGGUAAAGGGUGGGCAGGUGAAUAAGUUUGUUGCGGAUAACUGUGUGCAGAUUAUGGGAGGGCUGGGUCUCACGAAGACUGGUCAGGGUUCUCGUAUCGAGGCGAUUUCGCGCGGCACUCACUCAUUGAUCGUUCCCGGUGGAUCGGAGGACGUGCUCAUUGAUUUGGGCGUCCGGGAGGCACUCAAGCUUUCAGCUGUCAAGGUGAAGAAAGGUGCAAAGUUGUAA